AGCCCCUCUUCAUUUCUCUUCCUUCUAACACAUCCAAACAUUUUGUGGAAGGACGACCACUUCUCCUCACAAUCCCCACCCUGAUCUUACCUUCCUUUUUGCAUUGUUUUGUUGCAAAAGCAACAAUUUUCCAAACGUCACAAAAGGAGCUACAACGAUGAUGAUAGUGAAGCAACAUUUGAUCUUGAGUCUCUCAUUUCUCCUUCUCUUUUUCCUCCAUUGCUCAAAAACCUUAGCUCAAGCUCCGGCUCAGGCUCCGGCUCAGGCUCAGGCUCCGGCUCAGGCUCAGGCUCAGGCUCCGGCUCCGGCACCGCCCGGUCCCACUAAUGUCACCAAAAUCCUUGAAAAAGCCGGUCAAUUCACCGUCUUCAUUCGCCUUAUGAAAGCAACCCAAGUCGCCAACCAGCUCCUUGGCGAGCUCAACAAUUCAAACAAUGGUUUGACCAUUUUUGCACCAACAGAUAAUGCUUUCUCAAGCCUCAAAUCCGGUGUCUUGAAUUCACUCAACGAUGAACAACAGGUGGAGCUGGUGCUAUUUCACGUAGUCCCAACAUACCUCUCAUCAACCCAAUUCCAAACUGUUAGUAACCCUUUGAAAACAAAAGCUGGAGAUAGUGGUGAUGGUAGGUUUCCUCUGAAUGUCACAGCUUCAGGAAACAUAGUCAACAUAACAACAGGGCUGACAAACACCAGUGUUUCUGGCACUAUUUACACUGAUGGUCAGCUUGCUGUUUAUAAAGUCGAUCAGGUUCUUAAGCCUUUGGCAGUAUUUGAUCCUAGGCCUCCAGCUCCAGCACCUGCACCGGCAAAGUCAAAGAAGAAGAACGCUGCAGCUGUUGCUGAUACCCCAGCUGAUAACUCCAAAGCUGUGAGCCUCACCAUGCAAAAUGUAGUUUUGUUUGGAGGUGGUGCUAUAGUUGUUGCACUUUCUUUUUUACCAUAAAAUAAACAAAGGGGAAAACAAAGUAAUUUUUUAAUCGAGUGGUCUUUGAUUUUCGAUGGGUUGGAUUUAAUGGUGAUGAUCAAGGAGGUGAGUGCAUUUUUUUUUUUCUUUUUGUCAAUAAUUACCAGUUAAAUUCCUGUUCUAUCCUAUUUGUAUCAUGCCAGUCUAUGAUGAGAGUCACCUGCUAUCAAGAUUGAGUUUUGAGGGUUUUCUUAUUAUUUAUUUUUUUUUCUUUUAAACUUUUCAUUGUAAUGAUCUCUCUUUCUUAAUUUCUCCCAUGUAAUUGUGAAUUUUGUGGCA